UCUCCUCUUCUUGGUAUCAACAAGAUGGCUUCAGUAGAAAAUAUGGUGGCAGAAAGCCAGAGAACUAGAAGAAGAAAAGCUCAGGGCACAGCUUCAAUUCUGACAAUCGCCACCGCAAAUCCACCCAACAUUUUCUACCAAACUGAUUAUCCUGACUUCUACUUCGGAGUCACCCAAAGUGAUCAACUCACUCAACUCAAAGAUAAGUUCAAACGCAUUUGUGAGAAAUCAAUGAUAAGGAAACGACACAUGCAUUUGAGUGAAGAAAUCAUCAAACAAAUCCCAAACAUGACAACUCUCAACUCUCCAUCUCUCAAUGCUCGUCAAGAAAUCCUGGCAACUGAAAUUCCAAAGCUUGGCAAAGAAGCUGCAUCGAAAGCCAUCAAAGAAUGGAACCAACCCCUAUCAAAUAUCACCCACCUCAUCUUCUGUACUUCGGCUUCCGCUGGAGAGAUGCCCGGCGCCGACCACCAGCUCACCAAGCUCCUCGGCCUUCCACCCUCUGUUCAAAGACUCAUGAUCUAUCAAGGCGGUUGCUUCGCCGCAGGCACCGCUCUCCGCCUCGCCAAGGACAUUGCAGAGAACAAUGCAGGCGCUCGUGUUCUCGUCGUAAGCUCUGAACUCAUGCUUGUCUGCUUUCACGCACCUUCAGACACAUACUUGGACGUUAUUGUCGGCUCAGCACUCUUCGGUGACGGCGCAGCCGCCGUGAUCGUAGGCGCUGAUCCUAACAAAACCACGGAGCGUCCACUGUUCGAGCUCGUCUCGGCCACUCAAAAACUCAUCCCGGACUCAGCCGACGGCAUCGUGGGACACGUUCGCGAGAUGGGCUUGCAAUAUUUCUUAUCCAAAACCGUUACUGAAAAAAUCGCCGACAAUAUUCUUCAAUGUUGCGACGAAACGUUUUCUAAAUUCGGGGUCAGUGACUGGAACUCGCUGUUCUACAUUGUUCAUCCCGGCGGGCCGUCGAUUCUACGGGCUGUGGAGGAGAAACUGGGGCUGAAGGAGGAGAAACUGGAAGCGAGUUGGGGUGUGCUGAAGGAAUAUGGUAACAUGUGGAGUUGUAGUGUGUUGUUUAUACUCGAUGAGAUGAGGAAGCGGUCUAUGGAGGAAGGGAAAAGCACCACCGGUGAAGGGCUGAAGUGCGACGUCCUGUUCGCGUUCGGGCCGGGGCUCACGGUUGAGACGAUUGUUCUGCGAAGCUUUGGCCUGUGAGGGACGUGAUCAUCUUCUUCGACCUUGUGGAGAGUUUAUGUGUGGUUAAUUAAUUGGGUAUAAAUAAGUAAAUAAAUAAUGUAUAAUAAAUUAUUAUAUUACACACUAUACAUUUGUAGGAGAU